CACAACAGAAUGGCUUCAGAAAAACAAAAUCUGCCUUUUGGAGUCAAAAUCGCUGCCGGCGGCUAGUUUGUAUCCUUUGACACUUGCUUCACCUCACAUUUGUUCCUGGUCUUAAUAUUAGUGUAUUUUACUAUAAUUACCUAUCAUUGUCGUUGCCGAAUUAUUUAGAACUUUUCUAAAUUUAUAUUAUUGAAGCGUAUAUUAUAUAUGAUGUUGUUAACUUGUUUCACCUCACAUUUGUUCUUGGUCUUAUUAUUAGUGUAUGUUACUAUCGUUACCUAUCACAUAUUAAUUGAAACGUAACGCCGCUAGCAUAUUAGCGUGUUAGCUUGCCUUCUGUUUACAGUGUGGAAUAUCAUCUCCCCCUAUUUGUCUUGUGUGCUAACUGUUUCUCUUUUUAAGUGUAUAUACUAAGACUCAUCAAGCAGCCUUGGUAAGUUAGGAUUGCACUUCAUACCCGGUGAGUUAUGGCUUCUAUUCCUAUUUUUGUUACUUGCACAUCAUGUCAUAUGUUUAGCUUAGCCUUCUCUGUCAGCGGCGAGGGUUUUACAUGUGAUAAAUGCAGGGAAGUAGUUAGGCUGAUGGAGAAGAUCUUAGAAUUAGAGUCUCGCAUCCAAUCUAUAUUUGAGGAUAGUAAGAGUGUUAGGACUGUAGAAAACACUUCGGAUGCGAGCAAUGUUAGCGCACACAGCUCGGUUCCGGUUGAAAAUCCCCUGCAGUUGGGAAACUUUGUGACGGUGAGACGGCAUAGUCGCAGGACAAAACAUCACUCAACUGUUCCGAUUAAAGUCUCGAACAGGUUUUCCCCGCUCAGUGACGCACCGACUGAGAAACCUGCUGAAAGUGCCCUAGUGAUCGGUGUUUCUAUUGUCCGGAACGUUAAUAUAGAGACACCAGCCACCAUGGUCAAAUGUUUACCGGGAGCCAGAGCGCCUGACAUCAAGUCAAAUUUAAAUGUGCUGGCUAAGACUAAUCGUAAAUACAGUAAGAUUGUUAUUCAUGUCGGCACAAAUGAUGUUAGACUCCGUCAAUCGGAGAUCACUAAAGAUAAUAUUAAAGAGGUGUGUGAGCUCGCAAAAACGAUGUCAGACACUGUAAUAUUCUCUGGUCCCCUUACUGCUUACCGUGGUGAUGAGAUUUAUAGCAGAUUAUCAUCACUAAAUGGCUGGUUGUCUGAGUGGUGCCUGCAGAAUAAUAUAGAUUUUAUAAAAAACUGGAAGAGUUUUGAGGGCAGACCUGAGCUGUUGAAACGAGAUGGUCUCCAUCCCUCCUGGGAUGGGGUUUCCCUCCUCUCUAGAAAUUUGGCACACAGUCUUAAUAAUGCUAAAGUCUGACUACCUGGGGCCCAGGUCAGGAAGGAGACAGAAUGGCUUAACCAACUGUCUGCUUCAUUUCGGAUCAUUAUCUGAUAUUAUGUUUGCUUCAAUGGCCUACGGCUGCAAAUCAAACUCCUUGUUACAAAUAUGGUAGAACGAUUACUUCAACUACCAAAGAUGCGUUUCUCGAUAAUCUGCCUGAAUUGUAUAAAAUAUCUAGCAUGAGUAAAAACGUUGACGAUUUUGACACUACUAUUGAAAAUUUUAACACUACUUUCUCGGAAAUAUUAGACACAGUUGCUCCUCUGCGUUUAAAGAAAUCUAAAAAUAGCAGCCCAACACCGUGGUAUAAUGAACACACUCGGACUCUAAAAAAAGCGUCCCGGAAAAUGGAGCGCAACUUUAAGAAAACUAAUUUAGAGGUUACAGGAAUGCAAUAAAAACGUCUAGAUCCGCCUACUUUUCAACACUAAUAGAGGAAAACCAUUACAACCCUAGGUUUUUAUUUAACACCGUGGCUAAAUUAACAAAAAAUAAGUCGUCUUCGACGUCAGAUUCUGAUUUUCAGCAUAACAGUGAUGAAUUUAUGAACUACUUUACGAGUAAAAUCCCAGAUAUAAGAGAAAAAAUUAUAACAAUGCAAACUGUAGUGAAAUCCGCUGAACAAACUAACUACAGCACCCCUAAGGAGAAAUUGCAAUUAUUUUCUACAGUAGAUCACGAUGAACUGUCUAAAAUCAUAAGAUCAUCUAAAUCAACAACAUGCAUGCUAGACCCUAUACCUACAAAACUACUGAAAGAAAUGCUCCCAGAAAUUAUAGAUCCUCUUCUCAGUAUUAUUAACUAAUCUCUGACAUUAGGACAUGUGCCUAAAGCAUUUAAGGUGGCUGUUAUAAGGCCUCUUUUAAAAAAAAAAAAACUCGACCCUAAAGAACUAGGGAAUUACAGGCCUAUAUCGAAUUUACCUUUAUAUCUAAAGUUCUGGAAAAAGUAGUUUCAACUCAAUUAUGCUCCUUCCUCCAAAGGAAUGACAUUAAUGAUGAAAUCCAGUCUGGAUUUCGAGCAUGUCACAGUACAGAGACUGCUUUGAUCAGAGUUACAAAUGAUCUGCUUUUAGCGUCUGACCGUGGCUGUAUUUCAUUAUUGGUGCUGCUAGACCUCAGUGCUGCAUUUGACACCAUUGACCAUAGCAUACUUCUACAUAGACUCGAAAAUUACGUCGGCAUUAACGGAAUAGCAUUGAAAUGGUUUAAGUCUUAUUUAUCCGACCGUUUUCAAUUUGUAGCAAUAAACAAUGAGGUGUCCCGCAAAUCACAAGUCCAGUACGGUGUACCACAGGGCUCAGUCUUGGGGCCUCUGCUCUUCGCUUUAUACAUGCUACCUCUAGGAGAUAUAAUAAAGCGACCCGAAAUUAGCUUUCACUGUUAUGCUGAUGAUACUCAACUUUAUAUUUCCGCGAAGCCUAAUGAAACUCAGCAGUUUCAUCGAAUAAAGGAUUGCAUAGCUGACUUAAAAAUGUGGAUGAGUAACAAUUUUUUACUACUAAACUCGGACAAAACAGAAGUGCUACUUACUGGACCGAAAACUGCAAUGCGUAAGAACCAAGAAUACUGCUUAAUGAUUGACGGAUGCUCCAUAAAAUCCUCGUCAUCAGCUAAGAGUCUUGGUGUUGUAUUCGAUAGUACUCUGUCAUUUGAAAGCCAUGUCGCCAACACCUGUAAAAUUGCAUUUUUCCAUUUUAAGAAUAUCUAAAUUACGUCAUAUGCUGUCACUGUCAGAUGCAGAGAAAUUGAUUCAUGCAUUCAUGACAUCAAGACUACACACUAAAAAACGCUGGGUUAUUUGUUUAACCCAACAGCUGGGUUGAGCCUGUUGGGUCAUUUUGUUGGGUUAUUUUCUCAGUGUUGGGUCGUUUUUGGAGUAACCCAGUCGCUGGGUUACCAGUUGGGUCCAAUUGAGUGACAGUUGAGAGAGUAAACCCCGCCCCCUCCUCGACGCCUCAGAAAACUUUACCUUCGCGGUCAUUUUGAAUCACCUCAGAAGCUUCUAGGACAGGAGGUAUCCGAAGGAAAAAGGGUGAAGAAUAGAAAGGGACAGUUAACAACAAUGGAUCAUUUUGUACAGGAGAAGCUGAAAGAAUGGAACUUGGAAGUCCUGAUCCCAUGCUUCAAAGAUGAACAAAUUGACAGAGAAACCCUCCUGCUGCUGGAUGAAAAAUCACUAGAAGCAAUGAUACCAAAGAUAGGCCUACGUCUGAAAUUUAAAAAACACCUGAGAGAGCUGCUUGUUGAGCCACAACCAGAGCAGACCCAAAGUGGAUCCACCUCUGGACCUCCUGUGAACCAACAACCCGAAGCAGAAAAUCAGACGUCAGUGGAGGAAGUGCCAUCAUUUAAUAUUUCUGAGGUCUUGAUGAGCAGCGUUGAAGGCAAGGACAUUUUGGCCAGUCUUAAGAAGAAUACUUUAUCUUUACAUCAGCGAAGAUGCAUGGUCAGAAUACUAGUUUCAAACCUCAUGAGUCACUUUGGAGAAAACCCAUCCUCUGAGAAAAAGAUGCGUUUGGCUGUCUCUCUGGUUGAGCAAUAUCCUUGUCUGAAGGACUCUCAGGGUAAAGGCCAUGAAGCAUGGUUCAGCCCAGGACGAAGCCAUCGUCCAGCAACUGGUUUCUUGGAGGAACGCUUGCGAAAUGUCAGGAAGCGAUCACGCCGUGAAACCAACACAAGCCGUGAGAAGAAUGAUUCUGAAGCCAUGAGCAGCAUUAGCAGAAACUUGUUCAUUCCAGAGCCAAGUACUUCACCUGACAGGGCAGUACAACUUGCAGAAUGGCUCAAAAAUAAUAUGUGGCCAGCUAACCAAGUUGCAGAGUACAUGAAAGAAACCGCUAUCCACAGGGCUCACUGGAUAAGAGCUAACGGGACAAAAUCUAUUGAGGAUAUAACUGUUGAAUUCCCUCGACUCCUGGAUACUCCAGGAAUGAUUUCACAAGACUUCGCUAUAUUAUUCCCCAACCAUGCGGAGAGACUUAGUCAAACUUGGAAAUUUAGUUUCAAAGACAAAAUCCUUCGAUUUGCCAGCCAGGAGAAAAAGGCUCAGGAGCUUCUCCACAAUAUUGACAGUUUGUCUCCAGUUUGUACAGAUGCCCAAAGUGACCUUGCACUCAGGCUGCUUCCUGUGAUACUGCCCACCCCUGUCUACAAAAACGGGAUGAAAAUGUUCAAACCAAGCUUGGAAGAAAAUAUCAAGGCUUUCAUUGAAUUCAAGCAUGUUGGGACCAACAUGGUUGAAUACUUAAAGAAGGCCGAGCUCACAAAACCCUUCCCCUUUGUCCUUGGUCUUGGGGAUGACAGUCAAUGCCAUCAAGCCUUUGUUGUUGUUGGCAAACAGGCACUCGAGCAAAACACACUCCUUAGUGCUGUGGACACAUGCUUUAAACUUUUUUAUGUUAUGGACAUCCAUUUCCCGAAGCAGUGCUCACCGGUGUGGGAGUUUUUCCAGACUGCUGUCUAUAAACUCCCAGGAACAGAAUCCCCUUCUGUGAGACUCCUCCGUGGAUUUUUGUCAUUUUAAGCAAUAGGAGCCACAACAACUGACCUUUUCUAAGAUGUUAUUUGAGUUUAUAGGUGGAGGAACGUUUUUGACUAUAACCCUUUCUAAAAUGUUAUGAGAGUUUAUAUGAACAGGAGAGUUUCUAGACUAAAUCCUCCUCAUAAAACCCUCUGUAAAAUGUUAUGUGAGUUUAUAUGUAUUAAUGUAAUUUAAUGAUGUUAUUUAUUGAGAUGUUAUUUAUUGUGAUUUUAUUUAUAUAUCAGAAACUUAAUUAAAAUGUUUUAUGCUAUUUUAUUGUACAUGAAAUCCUUGGCUUGCAAUGUUAUUCCUUAUUAAAAAUAUAUAUUUUUACUGUU